UCCUCCGCAACACCGUAUCAUCCACCUCACUGCACACUGCACAGCACAAAACAAAACCAACACAAACCCUUAAACCCUCGAAAACCCCUCGCGCCUCCCACUUUACUCAGAGAGAGAGAGAGAGAGAGAAAUGGCUUUGCGCUCAGGAUCAUUGUCUCGGUCGCUAAUCUCGACCGCCAGGGCUUCGUCGCUCCGCUCGUCGGCGCCUCUCCCCCGCAUCCGCCCUCCGUCACUCGCUGCUCCCCGAGUGCAGCCCCGCCGCCGCCUUCCUUUCGCUGCUGUCCCCAGGAACUUGGGAGAAUUGGGAUGCACACAAUCAUUUCUGCCACUCACAUUGGCCACAGGCCUCACAUCUCACCUUUCUGCCAACGUGCGGGCUUUCUGUGAGCUGUCUCAUGGUACCUUCCGUCGUACUUGUCAGGAUCGCUAAUAGUCUCUUUGUACUUGAAAGGGCUGUUGUAUCAGCACAUUCGAGUGCAAAAGUUAAUUUGCGGAGGAGGUCGUAGGAGCGGAUAUCUUGUAGGAACUUCGGCUAUCUAGUAGAAAAUUAAUAAGUUGUCAUUCAAGUAAUGCCAUUUCCAAUAAGAAACUUGGAGGUUUUCUAAACCAGGGUCAUCAACAACUCUUACAUUGGUUCUGGCUAAUUAAAUAUUUUGUUUAAUGAUUCCUGGUACUGUUAGCUUUUGGAGUACCUGUUAUUAACAUUUGCCGCUUAGUUUCUUUUCAAUGAAAAAAAUGAGUGAUUUUCUCGUUACAGAAA